AUGACGUCUCCGGAAGUUCACCACGCUGCGCUGAAUGCUACCUUCAAGGGAAUUGAACGAAAUGAUAGAAGUUCGACAGUUCAUCAAUUCCUUGGAAUCAAGUAUGCGAGUAUACCAUCACGGUUUGAGAAAGCCGAGCCGGUGGAACAAUUUGAGGGAGAUGUUAUAGAUGCUUCGAAAUAUGGUCCUCGUUGUCCUCAAGUUGAUGUGGAUGUUCGCCACCUUCUUAGGAUUCCAGAGGACUUUACAAUUGCACCAGAGGCAGAGGAUGAAUUCGAGUGCUUGAAUCUUGAAAUUACCUCCCCGCCCAUCUCCUCUACUUCUGAACCUCUGCCUGUUCUUGUCUGGAUUCAUGGCGGUUCUCAAAUAGUGACUUUCUGUUCUGCAGCCUCCAAAAUUUGUGAUCCCACAAAGCUUGUUGCGGACUCUAUCCAAGCCGGGAAGCCUUUUAUCUUUGUGUCAAUCAAUUAUCGGUUGAAUAUAUUCAGUUUUGGUGAUGGCAAAGAAAAGAAUCUUGCUUUGAAAGAUCAGCGGAUUGGUAUCGAUUGGGUUCGCAAGCACAUUGCGUCUUUCGGAGGCGAUCCCCAAAAUAUAACACUUGCUGGAGAGAGUGCCGGGGCAGUCUACACGCAUGCGCAUCUGAUUACUGGGCCUCCGGUCAAACGUGGCAUCCUAGCAUCUGGAUCCUUGUACCUGUCCUCUCCACUGCCUGUGGAAAAGGGAGAUGGGUUGAUCAAGAUUUUAGAAGCUAAGGUUGAGCAGAUUUCCCAGGCAUCACUGCGAACUGCCCCUGUUGCCGUCUUGCUCCAGGCAUUGAAGAAAUGCAAUGUGAACACAAUGUGGAUUCAGGAAGAGGCUGAACUCGACAGUUGGGACAACAAACCAGAACAAGUUGACGAGCUGAUGAUAGGUGAUACAGAAUAUGAGUCCGUGAUUUGGCGUAACGGAGCUGAGCUCUUAGAUGGCGAUACCAUCGCUGCUGCGUUCAACCAGAACCAACAAUGGGGAUCUAAACUGCGAAAAAUGUAUCAAGUGACAGCGGAUCGACCGACUGCAGCCAAGCUGGGUGCGUUGGACAUUGUCAAUGACGCACGAUACACUCUCCCCGUUGAGGUAGUCUCACGAAAGCUUAGAGCUGCUAAUAAGCUUGUCUACAAUUAUGUUGUCGACCAGCCUAACCCGUGGCAAGCAUCCAGUCGAGCACACCAUGCAGUGGACUUACUCUUCCUCUUUGAGGGCAUUGACCUGGAUUUUAAUCAAGCUGCAAAGUUCGUGGCUCGAGAAAUGCAACAGCGGUGGAUGAAUUUCGUGUCUGGCCAGGCACCCUGGUCAAAGGAUAAGCGGUUCGCUUAUGGGCCUGUAGGAGAAUGCAAGGAAAUCGAUGAACAGCAAUUCGCAGCUCGUCGACGUGUCGAGCACUGCAAAGUGCUCCAGGAAGCUGGGAUUGACGUAUACAUGCCUAUCCUGGCAGCUCUUACAGCUGGCCGGAUCAGUCUUCUGAACUAG